ACUCUUCAUAUUGGCAAAAUAUAUUCUUGCGACAACAGUGAAAUAGAAAUUCAAGCGACUGAGAUGGGAUUUCAGAAGGUUAGAGCGGCGUGGCGGCGGUUCAAGAAUUGCUUCAUGAAGAAGAAAGAUGCCGUUGCUAUAACAGCUUCCGUCGAAACAUCAACAGAUGUCACUUUACCAGCAGAUGUUGACUACGAAACAACCAAUGCAGAUGAAAUUCCAUUCCUGCAACAGUUUCUUUUGAAGGUACAGGAUGAAAUCAAGAUUGAGAAAGCAGAACAGCAAAGGCUGGGGCUAGAAAUGACUGCAUUGACCGCUGAGAUUAGGCUGAUUAAAGUUUCUAUUGCUUCUAAGAAGGAUGACCAAAAGCCGAAAGAAGAGGCAGAGGGCAUAACUCGACUUCAAGUAGAGUAUAUGCAAGUAAAACUACAAGAAGAGAUUCAGGUCUUGGACUCUGAAUUGAAAAUUCCAUUCCAGGAUGAUGGAAACACGUGGAAUGAUGACGGAGACAGCCUAUCGAUAGUAUCAUUGUCGGAUACAACGUCUAUUACUCGUUUCAGUACAAGUCCACGUUCGCAAUGUAGCUCCUCAUCUCUGACUUUGGUCACGGAAUUAUCACAAUCAGUUUCGGGAUUCUUCAGUCCAUGUGAGAUACGUGCUGCUAGAAGUUCAUUGUCAGAUUGCAUUAUUGAAUUCCCAAAUGAUGGGUCUGAACGCAACCAUGGCAUAUCGGUUGAAUU